AUGACUCUCGCCAAGGUUGCUUUCACCCUGGCCAAUUUGGUGGCCGUGGGUUCAACUGCAAACAACGUCGCGGAUGGAUUUGUUGCUGCGCCAUACUAUCCUGCUCCAUACGGAGGAUGGGAUGAAGCUUGGGCAGAUAGCUAUGCCAGGGCUAAGAAGAUGGUUGAUUCUAUGACAUUGGCUGAAAAGACCAAUAUCACAGCUGGCACCGGUCUCUUUAUGGGUAAGAAUCAUGGCAAGCCUUGCAAUGGUAACACUGGAUCCGCUCAUCGCGUUGGUUUCCCUCAACUCUGUCUUAACGACGCUGCCAGCGGCGUGCGACUAGCCGACAACGUGACUGCCUUCCCGGACGGAAUCACAGCCGGUGCAACCUUCGACAAGAAGCUCAUGUAUGAACGCGGUGUAGCAAUUGGAAAGGAAGCGCGCGGUAAGGGCGUGAACGUCUGGCUUGGUCCCUCCGUUGGUCCUAUCGGGCGUAAGCCAAAGGGCGGACGCAACUGGGAAGGCUUUGGAACAGACCCAUCGCUACAAGCUAUUGGCGCACGAGAGACUAUCAAGGGUGUCCAGGAGCAGGGAGUCAUUGCUACUGUCAAGCAUCUUAUUGGAAAUGAGCAGGAGAUGUAUCGACGACAGACCACUGAUCUUGUAUCUCCCGCAUACUCGGCAAACAUUGAUGACCGAACUAUGCAUGAGCUGUAUCUCUGGCCUUUUGCAGAGGCAGUCAACGGCACUAUAUCCAGCGAGCAUUCAUAUCUCAUCAACGCCUUGUUGAAAGAGGAGCUCGGAUUCCAAGGCUUCGUCAUGACAGACUGGCUCUCUCAGAUCACUGGCGUGCAAUCAGCCAUCGCAGGAAUGGACAUGAGUAUGCCUGGUGACACCAUCAUCCCUCUCUUUGGCAAUUCUCUAUGGAUGUACGAGUUAACCCGCUCGGCCCUCAAUGGCUCCGUUCCCAUGUCGAGACUGAACGAUAUGGCUACUCGUAUCGUCGCAACCUGGUAUCAGUUCCAGCAAGACAAAGACUUUCCCUCUGUCAACUUUGACACCAACACAUACGACAGAGUCGGCCCUCUGUAUCCAGCAGCAUGGCCCAACUCGCCCUCGGGAGUUGUCAACCAGUAUGUUCAAGUUCAGGACGACCAUGACGAGAUUGCUCGACAAAUUGCCCAAGACGCUAUCACUCUCCUCAAGAACGACGACAUGCUUCUUCCACUGAGCACCAAGAGCUCACUCAAGGUCUUCGGCACUGGUGCACAAACCAAUCCCGAUGGCGCCAAUGCCUGUGUUGAUCGAAGCUGCAACAAGGGCACGCUAGGUCAAGGCUGGGGAUCGGGUACAGUCGACUACAUGUACCUCGAUGACCCCAUCGGCGCUAUCAAGAAGGAGGCCGGAGACGUGACAUUCUACAACACUGACAAGUUUCCAUCUGUUCCAAGCCCUUCCGACGACGAUGUCGCCAUUGUUUUCGUUACUUCUGAUGCGGGUGAGAAUCAGUACACGGUCGAGGGUAACAAUGGUGAUCGGAAUGCGGACAAGUUGAAUGUUUGGCAUAACGGUGAUGCACUUAUCAAAGCUGCCGCCGCCAAGUACAAGAAUGUCGUCGUUGUCAUUCACACUGUCGGACCUGUCCUCGUCGACCAAUGGAUUGAGCUUCCAUCGGUCAGGUCUGUCUUGGUCGCUCAUCUUCCGGGGCAAGAGGCUGGAAAGUCUCUCACCAACAUCUUGUUUGGUGACGCGUCGCCUUGCGGCCACUUACCCUAUUCUAUCACCAAGAAGGAAGACGACAUGCCCGAGAGUGUCACCAAGCUCAUUGACUCUGGCUUUAUCGAUGCACCGCAAGAUACUUACAGCGAGGGACUGUUUAUCGACUACCGCUGGCUCAACAAGGCAAAGAUUCGACCUCGGUAUGCAUUUGGCCAUGGACUCAGCUACACCAAUUUCACGUACGCGAAUGCGACCAUCAAGAGAGGCACCCAGCUAAGCCAGUACCCUCCCAAGCGACCCGCAAAAGGAAAGGUGCUGGAGUAUUCGCAAGACAUUCCAGACUACAAAGAAGCUGUUAAACCCAGCAGCUUUAACACCAUCUGGCGCUAUCUCUACUCUUGGCUCUCCGAAUCCGACGCAAAGUCCGCGGCCGCCAAAGCCGAGACAUCGAAAUACCCUUACCCAGACGGCUACUCCACCGCGCAGAAGACGGCUUUGCCCAAGGCGGGCGGUGUUUCAGGCGGCAACCCUGCUCUCUGGGACGAAGCUUAUACUUUGUCCGUAGUGGUGACUAACGCAGGUUCCAAAUUCUCCGGCAAAGCUUCUGUGCAGGCCUACGUCCAAUUUCCGAGCGUUGCCGGAUACGAGACACCCGUCAUCCAGCUGCGCGACUUUGAGAAGACCAAGGUUUUAGAGCCUGGUUCGAGCGAAACUGUGCAAUUGACUUUGACCAGGAAGGACUUGAGCGUCUGGGAUGUCAAGGCUCAGGACUGGCUUGUCCUUGAUGGGGAGUUCAAGAUUUGGCUGGGGUCUGCGAGCGAUAAGUUGGACGCUGUCUGCUUCACUGACGAUUUGGGCUGUGAGCACGACGUCGCGGGACCAGUAUCAUACGAUUCGUAG